AUGUCGUCCAUGGUUUCAGCACUCACUCGAGUUAUUGGAAACACUGAUGUGCCUGCACCAGGAAGCUCACUAGCCAUAUGCAUACCCCAGCCCGGUGCAACUGUGCAUCCUGAUCAGGAUCAACCCAAUAUUCAAGAUCAAGGGAACCAAAGGAGAAGACACUAUAGAGGGGUGAGGCAAAGGCCAUGGGGCAAGUGGGCUGCCGAAAUACGAGACCCUAAAAGAGCAGCAAGAGUUUGGCUAGGCACUUUCGAAACAGCUGAGGCUGCUGCACUUGCAUAUGAUGAAGCAGCUCUUAAAUUCAAAGGAAACAAAGCUAAGCUCAACUUCCCUGAAAGAGUUCAAGGGAGAAUCGAGUUGGGUUACCUAAAAAUUCGUCAAGACUCGCGUGUCAUGGCUCAACGAGUACUGUCUGCUGACUCGGUUGCUCCUCCUCCUCCUCCUCAUCCAGUCCUUCCGCAUCAAAAUGCAUAUCCUAAUUUUCCUCAUUAUGCAAAAGUUAGUGGGGAUCAUAAUUUGAACCACGCCAUAUCAUCCGGUAUCCACCAUAGAGGAACAUAUCUUUCGCAGUCUAUGUCUUCAUCUUCAUCUUCAACAUCUUCAUCUGCUUCAACAUAUAAUUGGCAAAAACAAGGAGGAGAGAUUAGAAGACUUCCAUCAGAAUCUAGAAGUUCUUCUUCAAGUUGUGAUCCUCCCAAUAAUUGGGAAGAUUUUGAACCCAAGAUCACUCCAAAGGGUAGUUGAUCCAAGUUCACAUGAGAUCGAUAGAGAAGUACCAGUAAACGAUGAAUUAAGUUGGGGGAUACAUCAUCUUAUAUCUAUUGUGGUUUUCAAGAAAUGUUGGUUUGAUCAUUUUUGUGUUGCAUCUGCAAGCGCAUGACUUGGUAUUGGGGCCAAAAAAGACAGACGAGAGCACAACCAAGCUCAACAACCCAACGAGGGAAUUCUUAAAUAUGUCUCUAUAUUAGCCUCAUUCAACCAACCAUUUUGGCUUAUUUGGUUGUGUUAGAAUAAAGCUAAGGAAAUGAAGAUCCAAAUGAAAAAAGCAGCAGCAAAGCUCACUAUGUAGUCAUGAAAAUUAUCAAAGAGAAGCUCCUAUCAUCAUAGUUGCUAAGUGCCCAUUUGACAACCACAGUUGUUUUGUGUUUAGCUUUGAUUAGAAACAGAAGUAAAGUUUUUGCUUUAAAGUAUGUUCAAUACUAUUUGGAAGUCUAUUUGGUAACAUAUAUAGCAAGAUUUUUGGAAGGAAAACAUGUUUGAUAAAAAAGGUGUUGCAAGUUUGAAGCCUGUCUAGGGGAUGACCUUGAUUCUCUUUUCUUUUCUUUUUUAACUGUGUUUUUGUUAUAGUGCGAAAGCAUCCAGAAGCAUCAAUUUUUUGCUUCCGAUUUUGGCCUUUUUUUCGGAAGCGCUUCUGUAUUAUUCAAAUCGCUGCACGCAUUACCAAACAAGUUGUGUGUUUUUGCUUCAUUACAGGCAAAAUACGAAAAAUAAGUGGUUUCCAAACGGGCACUAAAUGAAGAGACGGACUUCAUUAAUCUCUUCAUAUGAACUCUACAAGGGCACGCACGAACUCAGUGAGUUCACUCUCCCAGUUACCUUUUUAAAAUUCGGAAAGAAUACGAUUCUCCUAUUGAAGAAUUGGAUGCUGAGACUUGGAGGCCAAACUUGAGAUAGUGGGUCCCACCACAACAAAGCGGAGAGGAGCCUACACAUACUAUCACGCAAACAAAUGUGUCAACUUUAUUCAGUUUGUUUUUUUGUUUACGUGGUCGCU